AUGCCCUGCAGUGCGGUAACGCUGUCGCUCGCGACGAUAUCCGCCAUCAUCGCCGUUGCCCUGUUGGCAAUCGCCUUCUCCACAGACAACUGGCAGAGCUAUGAGGUGAAGCGCACCAACAUACAGAACUUUAUUGCAAAACAUCCAGAUGCGGCUGCACUGACCGAUAGCUUCAACAACCGACUCAUCUACUACACGCGAACACGCGGUCUUUUCCGGUACUGCUACCCGAAGGAACGUCCUCCAGCAUCGUCCGUGCAAAUCUAUCUUUCACCGGUCGAAACGCAUUGCUCCAACAUCGACUACUUCCCCGCCAACGAAGAGCACAAGGAGUCGGACUCGUUUACCGAUGACAUCAUGACCCGACUCCACCUGGCACGUUCCGUCAUUGCUGCCUUUAUCCUGAGCUUCGUUGUCAUUUUCUGUGCCUUCUGGACUGGGCUGUCGGGAUGCUGGAAGCGUUCGGCCGGUGCCAUUACGGCUACCGCCAUCCUCAUGCUCACCGCCUGCCUGCUCGCCGCUGGUGCGAUGGGCCUGUGGCACACGGUUGAGUUCUUCGAGAAGGAAAAGGUCGUCGGCGAGGAAUACUACCAGCAGUGGAAUAGUGUCCUGCGAGACAAUACUCGUCUGUCGUACGACUGGUCGUACAUUGUGGCCUGGGCCGGUGUGGCCUGCAGUCUGCUGGCAUCGAUCCUGCUGUCCGGUGCGGCUGUCUGUCUGCGGGGUGAACGUGAAAAGGAAGAACAGCUUAACCUCCAGUAUCUGAUGCCCGUGUAUCCCCAAAAGCAGCCUCCCUACCCUUACGGUGGUUUCCCCCAGCCUCAGCUCUAUCCGCAGCCAUACUACCACGGAUCGCAGUACGGACCGUACAACUAUUGAGUAAAACUUUUCCACCGCUACGCAGAAUGCGAACAGAAUGGAAGAGAAUGGAAAGCAUGUGCAUAGUAGAGUGCAUCAAACUGCAUCCAUUAAAAAAAAAACAAUAACACACUCAGAAUAUCUGAAAGCUAAAUAUGAAACUGUUCUGUUUCAAUUUUUCGGCCCCAACAUUGCCCAGGAUGUGGCAUGCGGAAUCAUUACGUCAUACUUGGUGGAUAAUGUUCAGUUAAAAAUUUAAUUCGACUCUAGUUGGAAGCUUUUGUAGCAAUUUGCGCUGAUGAACGUGAAAACUUUUACUCAAUACCUUACCCACCCACCCCAAAACAGGGCACCCCGGUUACAUUCUUUAAUACUCUUCCUGAGGGCUGCAUAAUGUCUUCCAAUACCGAUCGUCACCACGAUAAGUUUCCUGUUUUGGUUCGAUUUUCCGAACAGCGAUCGCCAUCUUCACCCGAUGUAUGAAUUUUCCAUUU